CAUCCGUUCCCCUCCCCCGACCCCGAGCGGUCAAGCGCCGCCUCCGGCGGCUGCCGUCGUCGACCACCUCCUGGUGCUGCGGUCGUCAACCACCUCGCCGUAGACCACGAAGCCGUAGUACUGGAGUGAAGGAGGAGAAGAGGAGGGAGCGCAGCGCGAGCAGCUGCCCGCCGUCGAGUUGAGGGUCGGCCGCCGCCGUCUCCACCUGUCCGUCGUCGACCACCUCCUCGCCGUCUUGCUGCUGUCGAUCAGAGAUGACCACGAAGCUGGAGGAGGGGGAGGAUGUGCCUGCAACUGCACGCCGUCUCCCCUACACCUGUUCGAUCUCCUCUGUCCUCUCCUCUGUUUUAUCCUAUCUCUGACAGAGGAGAUUACAAGUCUAAAAUGAAGAGGACCGGUACAAUUUAAUCUUUCCAAUCAGUUGAGCGUGAUGUACUUACAAGCAUUGAUGAUAUUAAUAUUAUACAAUGCUAUCAAAAAAAAGAGGAAACGCAAGGGGUACUACCUCGUGGACUUUGCGUAAAUGAUCCAGGCCCUUCUAGCUACUAUUGCCGGUGAAGAAAUGAUGGACUUGAAUUAAGGAAGUCUUCGGUAAUUUGCUUCCUGGGCACCAAGACAAUCACCCACCGCCCAAGCGUCCUACACGGGGUCAGGCUAUUAUGUACACCUUUGGCAGAGAGGCUCUGUCGAGAAGGAAGCGCCCCGAUGUUUUCCCUCCGGCUCCUAUUUAUCUACUCUGUCGAGAAGGAAGCGUCCCGGUGCCGCCCGCGCCCACCGGAGAUGCUCGGCGCGCCAAAAUCGCACGCAUCCGGUCUUCGUUGCCGGAGCCGCAACGGAACCAGACGAGGUAUGCCCCCAGCAGAAAUGCGUUGUGGACGCGUACUUCGAGCGGCGCCACGAGGAGCAGAUCGCUGCUACCAACGGCGUCGAGCCCCCGCGGCCGCCACAACUCCGAGGGGCGGUGCCGAUGGCGGGGCGUCCCAGGCUGCACCCUCGAGGCAGUCCUCGACCACAUCGAGGCUGGCAACACGCCGCGCCUGGAUUACUUGGCGCCCCCCUCCUUCUCUCGCCGCCGCGGCAGCUCCUGGACGCCGAGGCGCAUGGAGACGGCGAUCUCGUCGUCAUCGGGCUCUGGCUCUCUUUCCUCCGGCUCGCUGGCGCUUCGCCCCAUCAAGCCGGGGCCGCAGGAGACGCCACUUGGGCGCUGCACCGGCGGCGGCGCCCUCGUCAUCAACGAGGGCGUCCACCCCUCUCGUUCUUCCUACCGCCUCGUCAGGCCGAAGACCGAGCCGUAUUUGCUCCCCGUGAAGGAGCACGAGACCAUGGCCGCCGCCGACGAGACCGCCCUCAACUGGGCUAAGGAAGACUAUGUCCGCGAGCAGAUGGAGCGCUAGCGUCGGGCCUUGGAGGAGAUCGUCGCUCGGCGCCGCGGACGCGAGGAGGGCGGCGUCGUCAUCCUCGACAGCGACGACGAGGAAGCUCCCGGGCCGUCCAACCCCCCGCGCAUCGGUAACGCUGGUCAGGGGAGCAGCAGGGACGGUAGCGAUAGCCAGCACGGCGGCGACGAUGACGGCAACGUCUCGACGAUGACGGCGGUGACUAUACCCGGUUCUACAAGCUCCUCGGCAUGUAGAAGGCGGGAGGCGGCGGUGGCUGGGCGUAGUUGUCGUUUUUAGUUUGUGUUUUUAAGUUUUUGUACAAAUAUCAAUGAAAUCGCUUAGUUUGGACGAAA